AAUUGGUAUCUAUCUUUAAAACAUACUUGAAAAUGCAAGGAACGAUUUCUUGUGCAAGAAAUUAUAACAUGACCACCGUUGGUGAAUCUCUGCGGCCACUACCGCUUAAAACGCAGGGGAACGGCGAGAGCGUUAGGGCGGUGGUGGAGGAGAACGCGGUGAUUGUGAUUGGACGGAGAGGAUGUUGCAUGUGUCACGUGGUGAGGAGGCUGCUUCUUGGACUUGGAGUGAAUCCGGCGGUUCUUGAGAUUGAAGAGGAGAAGGAAGAGGAAGUCUUGCGUGAGUUGGAGAGGAUUGGCGGCGGAGACACGGUGAAGUUACCGGCGGUUUAUGUAGGAGGGAGGUUGUUUGGAGGAUUAGAUAGAGUUAUGGCCACUCAUAUCUCCGGUGAGUUAGUUCCAAUUCUUAAGGAGGUUGGGGCUCUGUGGUUGUGAAUAUUGUAAUCAAAUUUUAUUUUUUUU